CACGCACACAUCGAUCGCGAUAAUAAUAAUAUCAGUCGAUUAGUGGAUAGUGGUGGUGAUAAUAAUAUUAUUAUAGUUUUGUGUGGUGUGUGGUGUAAAACGCCACACUUGAUUCUGUCAAAGUGGCGUCGGCGGGUGCUAAUAAUUCUAACAAUGUCGAGGGCCAGCAGCAGCAGCAAAAUGCAGAGGCGGAGGCCCCGAUGCUCGAUUGGGAGGAAGGUGACAGGUUUAGUUUCGAAGACUCCGACAGAUUCGAAGAGGACUCGUUGUGCAGCUGGAGCUCCGAGCCUGAGAGUUUGUGCAAUAAUUGGAGAGGCUGGAAGAGACCGGCCUAUGCUAAUGGCACGCCUCCAAAUCUGGCGGCGCCUUCAACAUCGAACGCAAGUACAAACGGUGUCGCCUCUUUGACCGAACUUUGCGCCCGCUGCGUCGCCUCUCAUAUCCCUUUCGAACUGGUGGAAAGAGUGUUUCCUCCGGUUCCGGAACAACUGCAGCUAAGGAUCGCCUUCUGGUCGUUUCCUGAUAACGAGGAAGACAUCAGGCUGUAUUCGUGUUUGGCCAACGGUAGCGCCGACGAAUUCCAGAGAGGAGACAACUUGUUUCGGAUCAAGGCGGUUAAGGAUCCUCUUCAGAUAGGUUUUCAUCUCUCGGCUACCGUCAAUUCGGUUCAACCGAGAGGACAGUUUAACGUUGCUGUGACUUUUGAUCGACGGAGAAUUUCAUCCUGCAAUUGUACAUGUACAUCUCUCGCUUAUUGGUGUUCUCACAUCGUUGCAGUAUGUUUGCAUCGUAUUCAUUGUCCAAAUCAAGUAUGUCUCCGCGCCCCCGUAUCGGAGUCUCUCCAACAGCUUCAAAGAGACCAGUUACAAAAGUUUGCUCAGUAUUUAAUAAGCGAGUUACCUCAACAAAUUUUGCCCACUGCUCAAAGACUUUUAGAUGAAUUGCUCAGCUCCCAACCGACAAAAAUUAAUACCGUAUGCGGCGCACCAGACCCGACGGCAGGUGCAAGUGCCAGUGAUCAAACGUCUUGGUAUCUGGAUACCAAAACCUUGCAUGAUAAUAUUAAGAAGAUCUUGAUCAAAUUCUGUGUUCCUGCUCCUAUAGUUUUUAGUGACGUGAAUUAUUUGAGUACCACAGCGCCUCCGGCCGCUGCUGAAUGGAGCAGCUUGCUCAGGCCUCUGAGAGGCAGAGAGCCUGAGGGAAUGUGGAAUCUUUUGUCUAUUGUUAGGGAAAUGUUUAAGAGAACUGAUAGGAAUGCUAUACCGUUAUUAGAUAUUAUAACUGAGGAAUGUAUGGCUUGUGAUCAGAUUUUGGUGUGGUGGUUUAGUACGCGUGUGGCUUUGAUGUCUGCGGUUUCUGGAGGCGGCGGUAGUCACGGCGGAGGCGGUGGGCAUUCCGGUAGAGGCGGUCAAUCAUCCAACAGCAACGGUGGUGCACAUUCAAAUGCUCACGCGUCUCAACACGCCUGCAGUUCCUUAUGUGACGAAAUAGUUGUUUUAUGGAGAUUGGCUGCUCAGAAUCCAGCCUUAGCGCCCAAGGAACGAGAAAUGCUUAAAGCUCAAUUCAUCAAAUGGCAUUUAAGAAUCUUGGAUAAAGUUGUCAAAGCUCGUGGAUCUAGUACAACAACCACCACAAGCUCUCACAAAUUAUCAGCAAAUUUGGAGGUAUUCACUGGAUUUAAGCCUGCUAUUGAAGCUUGUCAUCUUGAUUGGGAUGAUUAUCCGAUUCCUGGUGUUACACAUAGUGCUGACACGAAUCCUGUAUACCAUUGUCCUUUUACGUGUUUCAAAAAGCCUGCAGAUUCUGGGAAGGGUGAUGUUAAUCAAGUUAAUUCGAGUCAAGUUGUGCUUAGUAAUCAGCAUCCACAGGAUCACUACAGGCAUAAUCAUCCAAAGUCUUUGGGAAGGAUGGAUUUGCAACAGUGGAGGCACCAUCAACCGUGCAAUACUUUCAGAGGAUUUUCAGAAGCUCGUCCCACACACUCGAUCCCUCAACCAGCACCGGUGCAAAUAUCGCCUGUAGUUCUACUUCCUCGGCACUACCAGCAUCUGCAUCAAGCACCUUGCCAUCAGGCUCUCUAUCCUAUCACCAUCAUCCUAACGAUGGCAAUCGAUCCAGUGUGUCCAGCGAAGGUUUCUGCGAAAACGACGAUGGCACAGAUUCACCAGGAUGCGGAGGAAUUGCUACAAACAAUGAAAGUGCGGUGACCAGUGGCAGCAGUAAUAGUUCUGCU